UCUAAGGCCUGAGAUUGGUUUCGACCAAAGUCACCAUCGGCGUUAUUUUGGUAUACAGCUAGCAGCAUAUACCUCGUAUAAUAGUCUAUUCGAAGAUGGAGGAUCAUCAUCACUUUGGCCAUCAUCAUCAUGAAAAAGAGCAUCACCAUGAAGCAGAGCAUCACCACAGACGAGAUGAUUCACCACGACGAGGCGACCUGUCAGAGGGUGAUCCAGGUCAACAUUACAAGCAUUCGCCAACUGUGGAGACUUUUCCAGAUACAACUGUUGAUUUCGAUCAUGCAAGGUCUGAAGAGCGAAAACACAAGAAAGAGGAGCAUCACGCAGAGCUUGGUGCAUUGGCAGCAGGGGCCUUUGCUAUGCACGAACAUCACAAAGCAAAAUCAGAAGGAGAAGACUCUGGCAGACACAAGCUGGAAGGGGAAAUUGCAGGUGGCCUAGGAGUAGGGGCCGUGGGCUAUGCGCUGUACGAACAUCACGAGAAGAAAAAGGAAAAGAAGGAAAUGGAAGAACUCGAGAAGCGUGGACACGAGAAGCACGGAUGGUUUAGCUGAUUUUCUAUCCAUCUCAUAGGUCCCACGUAUCUACCAUGCAUUAAUAUUGAUUUGGGAAAGUCAAUCACUUUAGAACAGCCAUAGGAUUCGUGGAAAUCUAUUUACUUCUUUGGAGUUGCAUUUUGCAUCAGGUGUCCACGUUACAUCUUACUGUAGAUGGAAUUGUGAUCUUUCCAUUAUAUAUACAUGCAGCCAUUAUAUAUUUCGUCAGUCGUUGCAAAGAGGCUGUCAAAGUUCAUGAUUAGGACAUCAUGAAAUAUAUUCUUUCAAUUCUUAUUAAUAUAAAUUCUCCAUAAUGGAAGAACAAGUGUUGA